AUGAUGGAUAAUCCACACGAUAUUGAUAAUCCAGCAAUGGGUCCAUUAAUGCGUGAUAUUAAGAAUAAAAUCUGUAUUGAUUGGGAAUUAAUUGCUUUAUUUAAAGAUGACAAUGGAAUGGAAUUAUUAGUGGCGAAUAAAAUCAAUAACUUAUGUUUAAAUGUUCUACCAUCGAUUGGUGGUGAUCAAGCAGCAGUGGUGAAUACAUCAUCGAGUGAUCAUGAACCGAUGCAUACAGUCUAUCGUAUGUGUGGUUUUUUAGGUGAUGUAACCGAAGGUAUAAUUGAAAUAUUUGAAAUGAAAUAG